GGGAGGUGUCCUAACCAGUACAAGAAAGCACACAUCACUGGCAUAAAUGGUCAUAAACCCAAGAAGAGCGCUUCUCAGAGAGUUAAUUCAACAGCAGUGUUGAUCAUGGACCCAAGCACCAGUGGACUUGCCCAGAGGUUGGCUGAGGCCGGCCAGUCUCACCUCCUACAUUUCUGGAAUGAACUGAGCCCGGCGGGGCAGGCCGACCUGACCCUCGAGCUGCAGGGGAUGGACUUUCAGGAGAUCAAUGGAUUCUUCAAGAAUGCCAUGGAGACGUCCAGCAACAGCAAACACGAGAAGAUGGACGCCCGCAUGGAGCCGGUGCCCCGGGAGGUGCUGGGGAGUGUGAUGAAGGACAGGGACAGUCUUAAAGACUGGGAGCUGAUAGGUCUGCGCUGCAUCUCUCAGAGCAACGUGGCGGUCCUGCUGCUGGCUGGGGGCCAGGGAACCAGACUGGGGGUCUCUUACCCCAAAGGCAUGUACGAUGUCGGGCUGCCGUCCCACAAAACCCUCUUUCAGAUCCAGGCCGAACGCAUACUGAAGCUGCAACAGCUGGCUGAGCAGAAGCACAAAAUCAAGUGCUGUAUUCCCUGGUACAUCAUGACCAGCGGCAGGACAAUGGAGCCCACCAAGGACUUCUUCUCAAGACAUAACUAUUUUGGCUUGGACAAGGACAACAUCAUCUUCUUUCAGCAGGGCAUGCUACCAGCCAUGGACUACAACGGCAAGAUCAUCCUGGAGGGCAAGGGAAAGCUCUCCAUGGCCCCGGAUGGGAACGGGGGUCUUUACAGAGCGCUGGGGAACCAGGGCAUCAUGGAUGACAUGGAGCGGCGGGGCAUUGAAUUCAUCCAUGUGUAUUGUGUAGACAACAUCCUGGUUAAAGUGGCAGACCCCGCCUUUGUUGGUUUCUGUGUGCAGAAGGGAGCGGACUGUGGCGCUAAGGUGGUGGAGAAAACCAAUCCGACAGAGGCGGUGGGUGUGGUCUGCAAGGUGGAUGGGCGUUAUCAGGUGGUGGAGUACAGCGAGAUCACCCUGGAAACUGCUCAGAAGCGCAGCGCCGACGGACGGCUGAUGUUCAGCGCUGGAAACGUGGCCAAUCACUUCUUCAGCUUCUCCUUCCUCAGAGACGUAGUAGAGAAGUAUGAGCCAAAGCUGCAGCACCACGUGGCCCAGAAGAAGAUCCCGUAUCUGGAUGCAGAGGGUCAACUAAUCAAACCGGAAAAACCAAAUGGGAUUAAAAUGGAAAAGUUCGUCUUUGACAUCUUCCAGUUCGCCAAGACGUUUGUCGUGUACGAGGUGCUGCGGGAGGACGAGUUCUCCCCGCUGAAGAACGCAGACAGCCAGGACGGAAAGGACACCCCCACCACAGCCAGGCACGCCCUCAUGUCCGUCCACCACCGCUGGUUGCUCAACGCUGGGGGCCACUUCAUCGACGAGAACGGCCGACGUAUGCCCGCCAUACCCAGAGACGGAGCAGCAGGCAGUGUCACAGAUGAUGGCAACAGAAACCUGAAGGAUGGAACAGACCUGCCAAUCAAAUGUGAGAUCUCCCCGCUGGUGUCCUACGGGGGUGAGGGCCUUGAAGAGUUUGUGAAGGGACGCGAGUUCCAUCCAACCCUGAUGAUUGACGGGGACGGAGUCCACGAGCUGGUGAAGAACGGGGUUUAGACAAUGAAGGAGAAAGAGAGAGAGAGAGAGAGAGAGGGACAACCCAAAGACCAACCUCCCUUUGUCUCUCAACGUUUGCUGGGAGAAACUGUGAUGCCAUCGCUGUGCAAUAACAAAUGUCGCGUGCAUGUGUUCAUGAAAGAGGCUGUCCAAAAUGAAUGAACGAGCAAGAUGAAGGGUAUCGUUUACUUUUCAGCGCCAAGGUUUCUUUGCUUUGUAUGUCGAUGUCAUACUUAGUUCCUGUUUGUUUUGAAGAGCACUUGAACACAGCAUGAGAUGAAGGACGAAAUCUGUCACACUGACUGGAUGAAGCAGUCUAAAGGUUCAUCUAUUUAUUUUGCUUAUGAGACAUAUUUUUAUAUAUGUACGAAUGGAUUCUUUAUAGGUGGAAAUGACCAUCUAAUCAUUUUAACUUGUGAUUUUUAUACAACAUUGGACUGAGAUGGAAUGAUCGGGAAGAUGUUUCUUACUAGCAUGUAACUGAGGUACAUGGUAUGGGUUGUGGGUGUUUAUUUAUGAUAUCUGCUUCUUUUCUGCUUGUAAUCAUUGAGGAUUAGAUAAUGUUCAGCUUUAAGAGAUAUUUUGAUUUCUAUCACCUUUAUUAAAAAAAAAAUCCUACUUGGAAAACCUCCUCUGCGUGUGCGUGGAUGGACUGUAUUUGCUGUGCAGUGUGUCGUGGCUUUGUGUGUAUGCACAGUUUAAAUGUAAGUAUUUUUCUGACAGAUCAGUAUGUGAAUGUGUGAGUUUCGCUGCCCUGUGCCUGCAGGGUGUGUUUUUUGCAUUAUAGCUGCUGGUGUCUUGAAUCAAAAUUUCCAGCACAUGGUUUAUGUUUAAGAUGGGCCAGAGCAUGCAACUCUGCUAUUCAGGAGAGAUUCUUUGUGGCUCCUUUUCGACUCGCUUUCUUUCUUGCUGC